CGGCUGCUUCUGCUGAGGAGGACCUUGAGGGCACCCCGGCCUCCUCUCCCGUUGUGCGCCUGCGCGAGUCUUCAGUGUCCUUGGCGGUGCCGCUGCUGCUGCCUCAGAGGGAACUGUGAAAGCAGCCGCCAUGCAGACGUGGAGCCGAGUCUGUUGCGCCCUCGCCAAGAGGGGCCAUUUUAGCCAGAUUCAUCAUGGCUUACAAGGCAUUUCUGUGGUGCCUUUAAGAACCUAUGCUGACCAAGUUGAUGCUGAUGUAACAGUCAUUGGUUCUGGUCCAGGGGGUUAUGUUGCAGCUAUCAAAUCUGCUCAGCUUGGCUUUAAGACAGUCUGUGUGGAGAAGAAUGAAACAUUAGGUGGAACCUGUUUGAAUGUUGGGUGUAUACCUUCUAAGGCCUUACUAAAUAAUUCACACUUCUACCAUUUGGCCCAUGGAAAAGACUUCGCGAGUAGAGGAAUUGAAAUUACAGGACUCCGGCUGAAUUUAGAGAAGAUGAUGGAACAGAAGAGCGGUGCAGUGAAAGCCUUAACAGGUGGAAUUGCUCAUUUGUUUAAACAGAACAAGGUAACACAUGUGCCUGGAUUUGGAAAAAUAACAGGCAAAAACCAGGUCACAGCAACCAAAGAAGAUGGCAGCACUCAGGUUAUUAAUACAAAGAACAUCCUUAUAGCUACAGGCUCAGAAGUGACACCUUUUCCAGGAAUUACGAUUGAUGAAGAAACAAUAGUAUCAUCCACUGGUGCACUGUCAUUGAAGCAAGUUCCUGAAAAAAUGGUUGUUAUUGGUGCUGGAGUCAUUGGUGUGGAACUGGGCUCGGUCUGGCAGCGCCUAGGUGCUGAUGUGACAGCUGUGGAAUUCUUGGGCCAUGUUGGUGGAUUGGGCAUUGACAUGGAGAUAUCAAAAAACUUCCAACGUAUUCUCCAGAAGCAAGGGCUUAAAUUUAAACUAAAUACCAAAGUUACAGGUGCUACCAAGAAACCAGAUGGAAAGAUUGAUGUUGCGAUUGAAGCUGCUGCUGGUGGCAAGGCAGAAGUGAUUACUUGUGAUGUCCUUUUGGUUUGCAUUGGGCGGCGUCCUUUCACUAAAAAUCUUGGUCUGGAAGAUGUUGGUAUUGAACUAGAUAACAAAGGUAGAAUCCCCAUCAACAACAGAUUCCAAACCAAAGUGCCAAACAUUUAUGCUAUUGGCGAUGUAGUCGCUGGGCCAAUGCUUGCUCACAAAGCUGAAGAUGAAGGCAUUCUUUGUGUUGAGGGAAUAGCCGGAGGUGCAGUUCAUAUUGACUACAACUGUGUGCCUUCAGUAGUUUAUACACACCCUGAAGUUGCCUGGAUUGGCAAAUCUGAAGAACAGCUGAAAGAAGAGGGGAUAGAGUACAAAGUUGGGAAAUUUCCUUUUGCUGCUAACAGCAGAGCAAAGACCAAUGCUGACACAGAUGGGUUGGUGAAGAUGUUAAGUCACAAAACAACUGACAGGAUGCUCGGAGCUCAUAUUCUAGGCGCAGGGGCUGGAGAAAUGAUCAAUGAAGCUGCCCUUGCAAUGGAAUACGGAGCAUCAUGUGAAGAUGUAGCCAGAGUUUGCCAUGCACAUCCAACUGUAUCUGAAGCCUUCAGAGAAGCAAACCUGGCAGCAUCAUUUGGCAAAGCUAUCAACUUCUAAAAUGAAAGGAUAUCUAUGGUGUACAAAGCUUAUUUUCCUGUAAAACUUGACUAGAGGCUUUGUAGAAAGCUUGGUCUUCGGAAAGCUUGGUCUGUUUCUCAGACGACAUCAAUGGACUUUUGUUUAAAAUGCGAAAUAUUUAAAACAGUAUGAGGUUGUGGAGAGGGGAAAGCACCCAACACCUGUAUAUUGAAUAUAUUGAUUUCUGUUUGUUUCUACAUUCUGAGUUUUGCAGGAUACAAGCAAUGGAGAUCACUGCUUAAGAUUGUAUAGUCCUUCAUAGUUCCAUCAUGUUGCUGGGCAAAAUAUAAUGGCUCAUUAUUAUCUAGCGUUGUUCUGUCAUUGAUGAGGAACCUUUACUACAGUGGGUUGACACUAUAUGCUGCGGUCACCUUCGCACAGUGCUAUUUUAAUUUCAGUGAAAGGAAUAAGUAGUUCAGCUGGCCCUCCACAUUUCUGGAUUUGACUUUUUAGGAUUUGGUUAUUCACAUAUUUGAUUAAAAUACUCUCUCUAGGGAUAUCUAGGUACCCCAGUGAUCAUAGAAUUAAGCUAAAGGACCUAGAAAUUCUUUGAGAGAACAUCUCAAGUUCCUCUGGGAACUUUAAGUCCUCUAAAUACAAUUCAGUUGAAGUUGACCAUAGAGUCAUGCUGGAGAAACUCUGUAUUUUUUGAGAGGUGGUCUCUCAGAUAAAAAAGAAACAAUACUUGGUUUUUAAAACUUUUGCAAGGGUCCUGUGCCCCUAACAUCAGUGAAUGUGGCUGGUUAACUGUAGAUUUUAUUACAUACCUUUUUUGCAUUACAGUGCUCUGAACUAAAGCUAGACUUAUUGUAUACUGCUUUUAAAUUACAGUGCAGAGAACUGCAAAAUGUACGAACCUGAUUUUGCUUUAUACCUUUUUUCAAAGACUGAAAAUACCUCCACUUUAAUGAAACUGCGAAAUUCUUUCAGAAAACAAAAACUGAGUGGGAAAACCAUUGAUAAGAACCCUCUCUUUUCUUGCUUAAUUUGACAAACUUCUUGGUUGCAAACUUUUUUAAAAGUCUGAAAUAACAAGUGAAAAGCUGCAGGUGGAAGAUCAGUUUUGAAUUGUUUUGUUACAGGAUAUAUUGGCUAUGCAAUUAAUAGCUUUUUAAUUAUGGACUGGUACAGUGCUCUGUAAUGGUUUUCUUCCUGAUAGUGAUGUAUAAAUGAUAAUGUUUUCAGUCGGGUGUGUUGAGGUUUUCCAACACAGUUUCAAUAAGACUUGGGUGGAAGAAUGAAAACGCUAAGGGUCAUUUCUUAACUGUAGAUACAGAAUAGUCACUAUAAGAAUUGUUUUAGGAGUAUGGUUUCAUGCCUGGGACAGAAAUGAGGACAUGUGUGCUGCAUAAGGAAGAACUACAAAAUAGUUCGAUAAACAGACCUCUUUUCAAAACAUCCCCAGCUUAGUUCAGUAUAACUGUGACUUGGAUUUGCUUUGAGUCUCCUUUGUGGAGAGAAAAAGCGGGUUAUAAAUAAACAUAAUUUUUUGGGGAAAAAUACCAUGUAAAUAAAUUGACUUUUUUUUUUUGCAAAUAAUUCAUGUCCAGGGAUAAGGUAACCCUUGAAAAUAAAAACAUGCAGUGUAAGCAUAUUUUUUAUUGUAACUGCUUUGGAUAUAAAAAUAUAGUUUGGUGAAAGGGAGGUUCUCACAUAACUCACACACUUUCAUGUUAGUAUAAUGCUCCUUUCAUGAGCACAAGUGCACUUUUGGAUUCAACCUGUAAAUUCAAAGGUUCAUUUUCCGUACAUCUUUCAUGUGAUGUGUCUUAAGUGGAGUAUUGAAACAGUUUGAAACAGGUGCAUGGAAGUUAUUAAUACAUUGAUUUUAUGUAGCUAUUCAAAGGAAAUAAUUUCAUACUGUCACUAAGGGGAUUUGUGUCUUGUUCAUCCUAGUCUUAUUAUGUACAUGCAAAACCAAUUUGACUAUGUAGCAUUUCCAUCAAAAUGGGAAUAGUGGCAAUGAGCAAAUGUAAAACAAUGGCAUCCCAUGUAUAGUGUUAAGGCUAGAAAGCAGGGGCCUAUAAUUGAAAGUAAUUGGUUUAAAAUCCCAUCUUUGAAGCUAAUAUUUUAUUGGCAGUUUAAAAAGGGUUAAUUGCCAUUUGGGAUAAUAAAGUAACAUUGGUUAAAUGAAUCGUA